GGGCCAAGAGCCCCCAAACCAUGUAGUUCAAGUGCCUUACAACAGCUCUCGCCCAAAACCAUUUCUAUAGCUCUAUCUUUCCAUCCUAAUCCCCCUUUACAAACACACAAGAAACUACAGCCUACAACAAUGGUAGUCCUGUCCAAACCAACAAUAGAACAGUACUCUAACAUCAGAAACUGCUUGAAUCCCACAUUAUACUCUGGAAUUCCCCUGAUAGAUCUCUCGAAACCCGACUCCAACCACCUCAUAGUCAAGGCCUGCGAGGAUUUUGGAUGUUUUAAGGUCAUCAAUCAUGGAAUUUCAAUGGAGUCCAUCGCCAACUUAGAAUCUAAAGCUGUCAGAUUCUUCUCUCUACCACUCUCACAGAAAGAAAAAGCAGGGCCUUCUGCUCCUCUGGCGUAUGGUAACAAGAGUAUUGGACCCAACGGGGAUAUUGGUUGGGUGGAAUACCUUCUUCUCACAGCCAAUCUAGAUUCAUGUUCUCAGACAUUUCUGUCAGUUUUCGGAGAAAACCCAGAAAAGUUUCGUUCUGUUUUCAAUGACUAUAUAUCAGCUGUGAGGAAAAUGGCAUGCAAGAUUUUAGAAUUGAUGGCUGAUGGAUUGAAGCUUCAACCGAGAAAUUUGUUCAGUAAGCUUCUGAUGGAUGAACAGAGUGACUCUGUUUUCAGGCUAAAUCACUACCCUCCAUGCCCAGAGCUUCAAGCUUCGAAAGGCGCCAAUAUGAUCGGAUUUGGAGAGCACACUGACCCACAAAUCGUUACCGUGCUGAGAUCCAACAACACAUCAGGCCUCCAAAUUUCUUUAAGAGAUGGGAAUUGGAUUUCAGUCCCACCUGAUCAGAACUCAUUCUUCAUUAAUGUUGGUGAUUCUUUGCAGGUUAUGACUAAUGGAAGGUUCCAAAGCGUAAGGCACAGGGUAUUGACAAACAGCUUGAAAUCUAGAGUUUCAAUGAUAUAUUUUGGGGGACCACCUUUAAGUGAGAAAAUAGCUCCAUUACCCUCACUCGUGGAAGGAGAAAAAAGCUUGUACAAAGAGUUCACGUGGUUUGACUACAAGAAAUCUGCUUACAAUUUAAGAUUGGCAGAUAACAGGCUUGAGAACUUUAAGAGAAUUGCAGCCCCGUAAUGUAACAUACCUCUCACGUUUUAGGCAAAACAAAACGGUGUUUCAAUUCUUAGAGCACUACCAUGGAUUAUGUAAAACAAAUUGUAACGCCU